AUGGCCCCCAAGAACAACACCCAAGGCAAGAAGGCCACCAAGCCCUCGGCUAAGGCCGGCGCUGCCGCUAAGGCUGCUCUUCGUGGCGUCAACUCGCACAAGGUCCGCAAAGUCCGCUUGUCGACCACCUUCCACCAGCCCAAGACCCUCAAGCUCUCGCGCGCUCCCAAGUACCCCCGCAAGAGUGUCCAGGCCGAGACCGGUGUCGAGCAGCACAAGGUCCUGAUCCACCCUCUCAACACCGAGUCCGCCAUGAAGAAGAUUGAGGAGAACAACACCCUCGUCUUCAUCGUCGACACCAAGGCCAACAAGCGCCAGAUCAAGGAUGCUCUCAAGAAGCAGUACGAUGUUGACACUGUCAAGAUCAACACCCUGAUCCGCCCUGACGGCACCAAGAAGGCCUUCGCCCGUCUUACUCCUGACGUCGAUGCUCUUGACAUUGCCGCCACCAAGCUCGCCAUUGUUUAA